GGUCCGGGCGCCUGUGAAUCGCGCCCGCCGGAGGGUCUCACCAGCCGAAAUACAAAAGCUGCUGGGAAGCGGCGGCGCGGCGAGUUCCCAGCCGGCCCGAGCGGGAGAGGACCUCGCCGCCGCCGCUGCGCCCCGCGGCCACGAUGGGGCCGGAGCUCCCGGAGCCCCGGCGCCCACCCGCAGCCGGGCCGCCCGCCUCGCCACCCCCGCCGCCGCCGGGACCCCGGAGCCCGGGCUCGGCUUGAGAGAGCGGCGGCGGCGGCGGCGGCGGUGCCGGGCGCGGCCGGAGGCGGCAUCGGGGCGGGCGCGAGGAUGCGGGGCGCCGCCGCCGCCGCCGCCGGCCGCGCGGGGCUCUGGCUGCUGGCGCUGAGCUCGCUGCUGGCGCUGUGGGGCGGGCUGGUGCCGCCGCGGAGCCCGCCGCCCGCCGCCCGGCCGCCCGGAGCCCGACCCCAGCGGCCGCCCGCCCGCCUCGGCGGCCCGGAGCCCGCGCCGCGCUUCGCUCUGCUGCCCGCCCUGGCGCGGGACGCCGCGGGCGGGGGCUCCCUGAAAACUUUCCGGGCGCUGCUCACCUUGGCGGCGGGCGCCGACGGCCCGGGGGGGCGCAGGCGGCACGUGCCGGCGGGGCGGCCCGGCUCGGAGGCUGGCGGCGGCGGCGGCGGUGCCGCGGUGGUGCACGGGGGCAUCUUCUGGAGCCGCGGCCUGGAGGAGCAGGUGCCCCGCGGCUUCUCCGAGGCCCAGGCGGCGGCGUGGCUGCAGGCGGUGCGCGGCGCCCGGGUGGUGGCCCUGGAGCGCGGGGGCUGCGGGCGCAGCUCCAACCGGCUGGCCCGCUUCGCCGACGGCACCCGCGCCUGCGUGCGCUACGGCAUCAACCCGGAGCAGAUCCAGGGCGAGGCCCUGUCCUACUACCUGGCGCGCCUGCUGGGCCUCCAGCGCCACGUGCCGCCGCUGGCACUGGCCCGGGUGGAAGCCCGCGGCGCGCAGUGGGCGCAGGUGCAGGAGGAGCUGCGGGCGGCGCACUGGACCGAGGGCAGCGCGGUGAGCCUGACGCGCUGGCUGCCCAACCUCACGGACGUGGUGGUGCCCGCGCCCUGGCGCUCCGAGGACGGGCAGCUGCGGCCCCUGCGCGCCGCCGGGGGCGAGCUGGCCAACCGCAGCCAGGCGGAGCUGGUGGACCUGGUGCAGUGGACCGACCUGAUCCUCUUUGACUACCUGACGGCCAACUUCGACCGGCUGGUCAGCAACCUCUUCAGCCUGCAGUGGGACCCGCGCGUCAUGCAGCGCGCCACCAGCAACCUGCACCGUGGCCCCAGCGGGGCGCUGGUCUUUCUCGACAACGAGGCGGGUCUGGUGCACGGCUACCGGGUGGCCGGCAUGUGGGACAAGUACAACGAGCCGCUGCUGCAGUCGGUGUGCGUGUUCCGCGAGCGGACAGCGCGGCGCGUCCUGGAACUGCACCGCGGCCAGGACGCGGCCGCUCGGCUGCGGUGCCUCUACGAGCACCACGAGCCGCGCUUCCCCGAGCUGGCCGCGCUGGCCGACCCCCACGCCCAGCUGCUGCAGCGCCGCCUCGACUUCCUCGCCAAGCACAUAUUGCACUGUAAGGCCAAGUACGGCCGCCGCCCCGGGACUUAGCCUCCCCGGGAGGGAGAGAGUGAGUACGGAGGGUGCCCCGGGCUAGGGGACCACGCGGUUGGAGAAGGGCGGUCGCCACGGGCCAGCGCCGGGGACCAACCAACCGGCCAACGCCCAGCCUGUAUGGCCCAGAGAUCGAAGGCGGCUGAAACUUCGGUUUCGCCCACCUGCCCCUUCCUCCUGUGCUGGCGGCUUUCGGAGGCCAGGGAGGACCAAGUCCCCAAGGCGGAAGUGUAACAUUCCAUCCACCCAGUCUAUGAAAGGAUGCUGCCGGCUGCCGGCACGGAGUUCGCAUCGAAGAAACUGGCGGCGGACGGAGUUUGCCAUCCCUCCGCUUCCACCCCCACCCCCAGGUGGCCUUCUCAGUGGCAGAUGCAUGCCCAUUCCUUGGCGCCCUCCGACCCUUUCCGAAAAACUUCUACUGGAGCCGUCAGUUCCUGCUGCAAUUUCCUACCCAACGCAGCGCCGGUGGUGGCCCCGGAGCAGGGCUGUGACAUUAGCUGGUGGAACCCUCUUUCUGUGUUCUCCCUUUGUUCCAGCUCCGCGAUGGUGAGAUCACUGUUAAGAGCUGGGGGGUGGCUCCCGAUGUGACAAAGAGAACAGGACCUCUGCGACCCGGGAGCCCGCAGACCUUGACAAUUUGUCUGACUUGUCU